CAGGGAGUCAUCUUUGUGGAUGCUGCAGAGCUAAAGUGAAGCUACAGAGCAUAUCGUGGGGGCACUGGAAAAGUGUGUUUUGCUGGAAACUUGAGUUUCUCCUCAUGAUUUCUUUUUUGCGUCUCUUGUGUUUGGUUUCCUGUAGGUCAUUUGAUCGCCUCCCUCAAAACCAUGGAGAUGCACGUCUUCGACUACUCGGAGCCGGCGAAUUUCUCCGACAUCAGCUGGCCGUGCAACAGCAGUGACUGCAUCGGCGUCGACUCCGUGCUGUGUCCCGUCAUGCCCCACAAGAGCGUCCUGCUGUACACGCUCUCCUUCAUCUACAUCUUCAUCUUCGUCAUUGGCAUGAUCGCCAACUCUGUGGUGGUCUGGGUGAACAUCCAGGCCAAAACCACAGGCUACGACAUGCACUGCUACAUCCUGAACCUGGCCAUCGCGGACCUCUGGGUGGUCCUCACCAUCCCGGUGUGGGUGGUCAGCCUGGUGCAGCAUAACCAGUGGCCCAUGGGCGAGCUCACCUGCAAGAUCACGCACCUCAUCUUCUCCAUCAACCUGUUCGGCAGCAUCUUCUUUCUCACGUGCAUGAGCGUGGACCGCUACCUCUCCAUCACCUACUUCACCAACACCUCCAGCUGCCGGAAGAAGAUGGUGCGGCGCCUCGUCUGCAUCCUGGUGUGGUUGCUGGCCUUCUGCGUGUCCCUGCCCGACACCUACUACCUGAAGACCAUCACACUGGCCGCCAACAACGAGACCUAUUGCCGGUCCUUCUACCCAGAGCACAGCAUCAAGGAGUGGCUCAUCGGCAUGGAGCUGGUGUCCGUGAUCCUGGGCUUUGCCGUUCCUUUCUCGUCCUUCGCUCAGUCUUUGAUCGGACAAGCGUUAUGGAGGGCCCACUAUGUGCCAAGUACUGUGCUGGCCUUUAAAAUGCCACAGGUGGUUGGGACCGACCUAGUUUUUGAGACGCUGGCGGCCUAG